UCACAGCCUCACAGCCUCACAGCCUCACAGCCACAGACGGCACAUAUGUCGUGGGAUGGCUUGUCAAGCGCCGACGGGGCUCGGCAAGCUUGUCGUGGACGGAAGGCGACGGCAGUGCCGAGGCUGGUGCGGGCAUCGAGCCUGGUGCGGGCGGCAUGGGUGCAGAGGGGACGCAUGACGAAGCUCCGGCUACAUUGACUGCCCAGCCUCUGCCGACCACUCCUUCUCGCCUGGCUGUAGGCUCGGGGUCCGACCCCGACCCCGACCCGUACUCGCCCGAGGUGGCGUCUGCCCGACCCGAAUCGCUGCCGCCAAAGUCACGGGCCGAGGCAGCGCGGCACGCCAAGCUUGUGCGUAAGAUGAAGAAGCAGGCCGCCGCUGCCGAGGCCAAGAGCAGGAAGGCUGCGACGCGGCGGGAGGACAAGCUGGUCUCGUCCAAGGCAGCAUGGAUGGAGCUUAUCCAUGGCAAUGGCCUGGGAGCGGGCGCAAGCAAGAAGCAGCGCAAAAAGGUGGCCGAGCUGCUGCGGCUGGGCGUGCCGUCGUCGGCGAGGCCGCGGGUGUGGGCGGCGGCGCUGGGCAACCCGUUAUCAAUCACUCCGGAUCUGUUCGACAUUCUGCGGAGCAAGGCGAGCGAGGCACACAGUCUGGCACGGGCUGCGCGUCAGAGCGGGGCGGCCGACGGCGAGACGAGCCUUGCGCCGCGCGAGCACUCGUUGCUCGGCAUCUACCUCGAUCUCCCACGCACCUAUCCAGAGCUCUCGAUCUUUGACGAGGGCGGCCCGAUGCAUGACCAGCUCCGUGACGUGCUUGGCGCCUUUGUCUGCUACCGACCCGAUAUGGGGUAUGUGCAGGGCAUGUCGUUCCCUGCUGCGCUUCUCCUUCUCAAUCUUCCGCUCUACGACGCCUUUGUCGCCUUUUGCACCCUUCUCAACAUGCCACUGCUGGCAGCGUUCUUUCGGCUCGAAACCGACGAGCUGUCUCGGUGGAUGGAUGAGUUCAAUGCUCUCGCUCACGAGGUCUUGCCAGACCUCGCCAUCCACCUCGAUGCCGUUGGCCUCCAGCCAAACCUUUACCUCGUGCCAUGGGUCAUGACCCUGUUCGCGCGGGCGCUGCCCCUCGAUCUCGCUGCCCACGCGUGGGACUAUCUCUUCAUCCACGGCCAGGUCUUUAUCUUUCACAUGGCGCUCGGCAUCCUCUUGUACCUUCGCGACCAGCUGUUGGCCGAGGACUUUGAGGGCGCCAUGCUGCUGCUCUCGGGCCGGCUCCCGCACGACACAUCGGACGCCGACCUCUUUGCCGCUGUCCGCAGCAUCAAGCUCUCCCCAAGGUUGUGGCUCGUGCUGCGCCGAGUCUCAACGUGUAGCACCGUCUAAACGAAGACCGCUCGCCUC